GCUCUGCUGUCAACAACAGAAAAACAUGGCGGCUCCCGUUAGAGGCAUGGCUGGAUCCAUCAGCAUAGGCAACACAACUAGUUUUCAGAAAAAAACCCGCAGCAAACUAGUUUCUAUCCCUGGAACCAGACCGUCUGUACAGAACGGACAGCUCUUAGUGUCAUCUGGCGUCAGCUCGCUUGACUACGUGAUUGGUGGUGGCCUGGCAGUUGGAACUCUGCUGCUUGUAGAGGAGGACCGCUAUGACAGCUACUCCCGCAUGCUGCUCAAGUACUUCCUGGCAGAGGGAGUUGUGUGUGGACAUGAACUCUUCCUGGCAUCCGCCCGAGAUCACCCUGAUCAGAUCAUGCAGGAACUCCCUUCUCCAAUUGUGGAUGACGUUGCCGGCAUGAAAAUCAGCGAGGGUCAAUCUCAGCCAAGUGACCCAGAGAAUCCAGACACAAUGAAAAUCGCUUGGCGCUACCAGAACCAACCCAAAGUUCAGAUUGCUUUGGCAUCAUCAGUGAGGUUUGGCCAUUACUAUGACGUGUCCAAGACCAUGGAGCCUGAGCUUCGGCAAGCAGCCAAAUGCCACAGUUUUUAUCAGCUACAGGAAACACCAGUAACCACAGGAUCAAGCCUUAUAAAGGUUUUCGUAAAAACGUCUCUGUACUUCCAGGUCCUUGCCAGUGCUUCUAAGGUUCGGAAUGUCCUGCGGCUGGGUCUUCAUUCUCUGGGAUCAGUGCUGUGGGGGGAUGAUGUGUGCUGUAAGGAUAACCCCGCCCACUGCCACGCCCUCACAACCUUUCUCUACAUCCUCCGAGGCCUGUUACGCACAUCACUCUCAGUCGCCAUGGUGACCGUACCAUCCCACCUCAUACAGAACAGAGCCGUAAUGGGCCGAAUAAUCAGACUGAGUGACACUGCCAUCGCUCUGGAAUCAUUCAAAGGCUCGGAGAAGGAGACCAACCCGCUUUACAAAGACUAUCACGGUCUCCUGCAUGUUCGUCAGUUGCCCCGUCUGAACUGUCUGUCAUGUGAGGUACCUGAUACGAAAGACUUGGCCUUCAAACUCAAGAGAAAGCAGUUCACAAUUGAGAGACUGCAUUUGCCUCCAGACCUGUCAGAGACGGUGAGUCGAGUGAGUAAAACAGAACUGGCAGCAGGAUGUGGCACCACUGCCACGGGCAACAAGCACCUAGAUUUCUAGCGUAUUCCCAUUCCUCCUGCACCCUCCGCCCCCCAGAGAUGUUCAAGGGCAGGAGAGCGCUGGAGCUGCACUACGCCAACACUAGCCUACAGUCACACCUGCACUGACACACUUACUCUCAUUAUUAGUGAAUGAGAGUAAGAUGGUGCAACGUUUAGUAACUACACAACAUAGGGGAACUUACAAGUGAUGUUCAGUGUCACAAAAACCUGACAAGUACCUGUUGCUAUCUUUGGAUAAAGCAAGGAUGUGAUGCAAAUAACGAUAACAUAGUUUGGCUUCCAGUGUAAUUUCAGUGCACUUCAUGGCUUCCUGGUGUUUAUUUGCUUAG